AUGCAUUUCUGGAAGAAAAGGAUGAAAAUCUUAAGUCUGACAGAGCAGAGCUUCCGUCAGAGAAGCUACAGUACCCUGCCAGAAGAUGUUAAGUCUCUACGUUCUGUGGUUAACCCUGAUAUAUCCAGAAUCCGUAACAUUGGCAUCAUGGCCCACAUUGAUGCAGGGAAAACUACAACGACGGAGAGAAUGCUGUAUUAUUCUGGAUACAUAAGAACACUUGGAGAUGUUGAUGAUGGGGAUACAGUGACAGAUUUCAUGGUACAGGAGCGGGAGCGCGGUAUUACCAUUCAGUCUGCUGCUGUUACUUUUGACUGGAAGGACUAUAGAAUCAACCUGAUUGACACCCCAGGACAUGUGGACUUCACAGUGGAAGUUGAGCGUUGCUUGAGAGUCCUGGAUGGAGCCGUAGCAGUGUUUGAUGCUUCAGCUGGUGUUGAGGCCCAAACUCUGACAGUGUGGAGACAAGCAGACAAGCAUCGGAUACCACGAAUUUGCUUUUUAAACAAGAUGGACAAAAAUGGGGCAAGUUUUACAAACGCUGUUGAGAGCAUCAAACAAAAGUUGAAGACAAAACCUUUGCUUUUGCAGUUGCCCAUAGGGGAGGCAAAAACCUUCAGAGGACUGGUUGAUGUUCUGACUAAGGAACGAAUUAUUUGGAAAUCCGGCUUGGAUGAUGGAAAAAAUUUUGAGCAAAAGCCAUUGCUGGAGGCUGAUGAUCCAAACUUGUUCCAUGAAGUCCAGGAUGCCAGAAAUGCCUUAAUAGAACAAGUUGCAGAUCUGGAUGAUGAAUUUGCUGAAUUGGUUCUAGGAGAAUAUAGUGAAAAUUUUGACCUGCUGCCAGCUGACAAGCUGCAGGCUGCGGUGCGCAGGGUGACGCUGGCUCGGGCGGCGGUGCCCGUGCUCUGCGGCAGCGCCCUGCGGAACAAGGGGGUGCAGCCCCUGCUCGACGCCGUCGCUGCCUACCUGCCCGCGCCCAGCGAGCGCCCCGACGGCUUCCCAAAGUGGUACAACGAUGACCUGUGUGCCCUUGCGUUUAAAGUUCUCCAUGAUAAACGUCGUGGGCCGCUAGUUUUCAUUCGUAUUUAUUCAGGUGCAAUGAAGCCUCAGUCAGCUGUGUAUAACAUUAACAAAAGUUGCACAGAGCGAAUGAGCCGGCUGCUCCUGCCUUUUGCUGAUCAGCAAGUUGAAAUACCCUCUCUCAUGGCUGGCAACAUUGCCCUUACAGUUGGGUUAAAACAGAGCGCCACUGGAGAUACCAUAGUGUCCUCGAAGGCCUCGGCCGAGGCGGCAGCGCGCCGGGCCGGGAGGGAAGCGGGGAGCCUUCUGCUGGCCGGCGUCGACGUCCCCGAGCCCGUCUUCUUCUGCACCAUCGAGCCGCCCUCCGCGGCCAAGCAGCAAGACUUGGAUAACGCGCUGAACUGCCUUCAACGUGAAGAUCCAAGCUUAAAAGUGAAGCUGGAUCCUGACACAGGACAAACUGUUCUGUGCGGCAUGGGAGAGCUACACAUAGAGAUUAUUCAUGACCGAAUCAAACGGGAAUAUGGAAUUGACACUUAUUUGGGACCUCUUCAAAUAGCAUACAGAGAAACCAUCCUAAAUGCUGCCCAGGCUGCAGAUACUUUGGACAAAACAGUCGGAGAUAAGCGGCACUGCGUGAGCGUGGAGCUGGAGCAGAGGCCGGGGCGCGCGGGGGAGCAAGUGGCAGGGGCCCCAGUCAUCAAGUUCGCGGCAGACGUUGCUGAGCUGCUCCUCAUGGCCCUGCAAGGCACAGUGGAAAACGGCAUCGCUAAUUCCUGCAUCCAAGGACCCUUGCUGGGAUUCCCAGUUCAGGAUAUAGAAGUGACCGUGCAGUCACUGACAGUGCAUCCUGACACCUCCCAUACAAUGAUAUCAGCUUGUGUUUCCCGUUGUAUGCAAAAGGCUUUGAAAAAAGCCAGCAUACAAAUACUGGAGCCUCUGAUGAACCUAGAAAUCACCGUGAGUGAAGAUCAUCUCAGCGCAGCCCUUGCUGACCUCGCGCAGCGGAGAGGCAGCAUUCAGGAAAUCCAGAGUCGUCAAGAUAACAGAGUUGUAGUUGCUGCUAUUCCUCUAGCAGAAACAAUGGGCUACUCAACGGUUCUGCGUUCCCUAACAUCCGGCUCAGCAACCUUCACUUUGGAGCUGGCCAGCUAUCAAGCCCUGAACAGCCAUGAGCAAAGAGUGCUUCUCCAGAGGACGAGAGGGCUGGUAUGA